AUGAAGUCCGGCGGAGGACUGAUGGCACCCCCCGGGUGUUUUCCAGGCCGGUACAGCCCGACAUACCGCAGCUCAGAUCCGCGGCGCUGCGUGCCGAACCCAUCCAGCCGAAUACUGGAGGAUGCAUCAUUGAUGUGCAACUCUUGGUCACCGAGGCACAAUGGCGAUCUCUUCGGCGGGCUAAACGAUGGGUUGCUGAGUCGUGCGGAAGCACUAGCAGCUGUGGACAUCGGCAAACACCAGGCAGGGCCACAGCCUGGCCCGCCGCUUCCGCAACUGAAGCACGACAUGGUGUACCACCACGGCGUCGGCGGGCCUCCUCCACAUAACACAAGGCCGCAUCAGAUGGGCCACCACGGCAUGGAGGGGAUCGACAUGCUUGAUCCGCUUACAUCAUCAUCUAUGACCACCUUAGCACCAAUGGGCGAAUCGGCACCACCUCACCACCAGUUACACGGCUAUGGCGCUAUGAACCACGUUAUGAACCACCAUCACCACGGCGGGGGUCUGUCUCAUGCCCCUCCGGCCCAUCUAGGUCAUCCCUCUGCUGGCCUACAUCCUGACACAGACACAGACCCCCGAGAACUAGAAGCUUUCGCUGAACGAUUUAAACAACGACGGAUAAAGCUUGGCGUUACUCAGGCAGAUGUUGGGAAGGCGUUGGCAAAUUUGAAAUUACCGGGAGUGGGGGCCCUCUCCCAAAGUACUAUCUGCAGAUUUGAAAGUUUAACUCUGAGUCACAAUAACAUGAUAGCACUGAAACCUAUUUUACAAGCUUGGUUGGAAGAAGCGGAAGCGCAAGCGAAAAACAAAAGGCGGGAUCCGGAUGCACCAAGUGUGUUACCAGCAGGCGAAAAGAAACGAAAGAGAACAUCUAUAGCGGCGCCUGAAAAAAGAAGCCUCGAAGCCUAUUUUGCCGUUCAACCACGACCAUCUGGUGAAAAAAUAGCAGCAAUCGCAGAAAAAUUGGACUUAAAAAAGAACGUUGUACGAGUUUGGUUUUGCAACCAGCGGCAGAAACAGAAACGUAUGAAGUUCGCAGCGCAACACUGA